AGAUAUUAAUAAUGGUAUCUGUUAAAUCUCUACAAAAUUUGAAUAUUAAGGACUAUAUAUCGGAAACAUAUGAUCGCGCCAAGCCAGCGCAAUGCAAUCUGGAGUUGGUUUAUGCGACAGGCUCGAAGACACCCGUCAAUCAGUCGAAACCAUGCGGUCAAUUAAAAUGUGAAUCUCUGAAGUUUCCGUUUGCAAGGAAUGGCGCUUUACCCACAUCAGUCCCCAUCAAGAAAGCUGAUGUGCUUGUAGUUGCUGAUGUAACGACACAGACAAAACGUGUCGUUGAACUCACAUUGGACUUAUCAGUCCUAGACUAUGAUUUUGAUUACGCACCGGGCGAUACGAUUGCAAUACUGCCCAGCAAUGCUGAUGAAGUGGUACAAAAACUGCUACAGCGCUUGGAUUUGCACGAGCAGGCCGAAACUAUUUGCAGUUUUAAGCUGGUUCAGAAUGCAAAGAAGACCGCCAAAGUGCCUGCUCAUAUUCCACCGGAAACUACGCCACGAGAACUGUUUACUCAUUGCCUACAGCUAAACGGUGUCUUACAGAAGCAGUUUCUCAGCGCCUUAGCAUUCUGCACCUUUGACCCCGACCAGCGUGAAUUUCUCUACAGUCUCUCGUCCAAGCAGGGUAGUGCGUACUACAAUGAACUCAUAUUGGAAAAAGGGCUUUGCUUGAUAGACAUCCUGGAAAUCUGUCACACAUGUGAACCACCGCUCGAAUUACUUGUGGAAUAUCUGCCGCGCCUGCUGCCGCGUCCGUAUUCUAUAGCUAACAGCCCAAUGGAGUCUGAGAAUGAUAUUCGCAUCAUUUACUCUGUGUUAUCUGAAAGAGUGGGCGUAACAACCCAUAUGCUGGAGAAGAAAAUUCAACAGGACCAAGCGGCGGCUGCCAAGCUCAUAAUUUAUCCACGUCUCAUCAAUGCAUUCCGAUAUACUGCCGAUGAUAUGAGCAGCAAUCAAAUACUCAUAGCGGUUGGUACUGGGUUGGCACCAUUUCUGGGCUUUUUAGCGCAUAAGCAACGCUGCUGCCAUCAAGGAAGUCCGUCUCGAUCCAUUGGUCAGACUUGGCUUUAUUUAGGCGCCAAGACACCAGAAGCCGUGCUCAAACUUAAUGAUUUGCAGGAAUGGCAGAACUCUGACAUAGUUCAACGUUUACGGCUAUGUUUCUCACGUGUCUCUGAAUUAUCCGAAGAAGCACCCAAAUAUGUGCAGGAGCUAUUGAAGAAGGAUGCAGCAGAGCUCAUUGAGCUUUUACAGCAUCCGGCAACCGUCCUUUAUGUGUGUGCCGAUGGCGCUAAAAUAUCAAAGGCUAUACAAGAUGGCAUAAAACAGUGCUUGAUAAGCACUCUAAAUUUGGACGAGGAAGCAGCUAUGAAGCAAGUUCAAGAUAUGCGUAAGGCAGGCAAAUACCGCGAGGAUACCUGGCUAUGAAUAUACGACGAUUCUCUCUAUAUAUAACUAUUUUGUGCAAUGUAGACAAUUUUGUAAUAUACUCUUUAAAUAUAAAUAAUAAUGAUAAUUAAAAAAU